GCAGUCUCGCGCGGCUCGUCUUGUGGUGGAGUGCGAGUAUGGCGAGUUGAUUGGGACGACAAAGCGUUUUUGCACAUACAUCCACGGAGAAAGAGAGAGAGAGAGAGCGAGAGACCGAGAGGCGAUCGCUCUCGUGCCGAGACACAAGAUUCGGGAAGAGCGAGCGCGCACAAUCUCGAGGAGGCGAGGAUUGACAGCGCGGAGAGAUAUUGAAAGAGAUCGAGCGAUCCACGCACAACGACGAGAGUGCCUCGCUCUCUACCUCUCUAUUUUCCCCAUUUGUUUAUCUAUCGAUCGCACACUCGUGAAUCAGAAGGCGCCGGUGCUACCGGACGCUCGCCCGGUGACUCGCGCUCCAAUAGAGGAAGUGGCCUUGCCCACGACUGGAAUACGCCGGUUUUCGCGACGCAUACGCGAGCUCCCUUUCGACGUUUGACAGAUCCAAGCUUGAACCACAGUCCGUGCCUAGAGCCAGCGACGUCGCGCUCGACGGGUCUGAAAAUUGUCUGUAAGGUGCAACGCCAGCUAUUAUAGAAGCAUUGACGUAAUAAUCAUUAAUCGUCAAAGAUGAACAAGGUGGAUUACAUGGAGGUAACUCUCCCAAAUUAUUCCUACAUCUUUAAUUUCGAAGAGACAUUCAGUCACUAUGAGACCAAGCAAUGGAUGAUGAAAAAUUGGACGAAUGGUUUCUAUUACUGCGGAUUGUACAUGAUCUUAAUAUUUGGCGGGCAACUUUACAUGGCCAGCAGGCCCAGAUUCGAACUCAGGGGAAUAUUGUGUCUUUGGAAUACGUUAUUGGCUACCUUUUCUAUCAUCGGUUUCACCAGAACGGCACCCGAACUAAUUCACGUUCUCAGGCAUCAUGGAUUACACCAUAGCAUUUGUAUACCAAGUUUUAUCGAACAAGAUUGUGUAUCGGGUUUUUGGACAUGGAUGUUCGUGUUGUCGAAACUACCUGAAUUAGGCGACACUAUAUUUAUCGUGUUGCGUAAACAACCGUUGAUCUUCCUGCACUGGUAUCAUCACAUUACCGUCUUACUGUACUCUUGGUUCUCGUAUUCGGAGCAUACCGCAUCCGCGCGAUGGUACGUCGUAAUGAACUACUGUGUCCACUCGAUCAUGUACAGCUACUACGCUCUUAAGGCAAUGCGAUACAGACCACCUAAAGCGAUCUCCAUGGUAAUCACUACGCUACAACUCGCCCAGAUGGUGAUCGGCUGCGCCAUCAACAUAUCUGCCUACCAAUACCUGGAGAGCGGCAAAGUGGACUGCCAUAUUACUCGCAUGAAUAUUCGUUUUAGUUUUGCGAUGUACUUCAGCUAUUUUGUCCUAUUCGCGCGAUUCUUCCACAAGACGUAUCUAGCCAGAAAGAAGGCCAACAAGAAGCAUUUUGCUAACAGCGAACCUGGUCACAUCGGUUAUAAUGAUAAGCUCAAAGCCAACUAAGGCGG